ACUCGCUACCCCUCUCAAAUACUAUAAUCCUGACAGAACCCAUAAUUUCUUCUGCCGGUCGCCAUGGCCAUUGACCUUAGUUCCCACGUAUUUACAGGCAACCCUAUAAGAUCCAAAACGCCUAAACUGCACGACCCAGUUUCACUUUCUUCAGCUUUUGAAUCUCUCAAACUCCAUCUCCACCAAAACCCAGAAAACCUCCCUCCUCCAAAGUCUCCUCUUUUCAAGGUCUUGCUUUUCAAAAAGGGCAGGCCUUUGGUUUCAUCUUCCGUUAGAGGGGAUGGUGCUGUUCCCAGUUGGCAUCUGGGGUGGAUCAGUUUGGCCGAUUGUAAAGGUCUCUUGGGGAAUUAUGGGGUUCAGUUGACCGAAACGUCCUUUGUUUAUUUGGGUUCAAGAGCCGAUGAAGAUGUUGUUUAUUGGGCUAUUGAUGUUUCUGUGGAUGCUUGGUUGGUUUCCGAAUUGAGUUGCAGACAGCUUUGCUUUGUGGAUCUUAGGACACUGAUGAUGGCUACUGAUUGGACUGAUCCUUGUGUUAUGGGUGAAUUGGCUAUUGCUGGUCAUGCAAGGCCAUUGCUCGAAUGGCAUAAACACUCACGAUUUUGUGGUCAUUGUGGAGAUAAAACCGUCCCCAAGGAAGCCGGGAGAAUGAAACAAUGCUCCAAUGAGUUAUGCAAGAAGAGUAUUUACCCUCGUCUUGAUCCAGUUGUCAUCAUGUUGAUCAUUGAUAGAGAAAAUGAUCGUGCACUUUUAGGUAGACAACCCCUAUUCCCACCUCGAAUGUGGAGUUGCUUAGCCGGAUUCAUAGAGCCAGGGGAAAGCUUAGAAGAAGCUGUGAGGCGAGAAGCAUAUGAAGAGACCGGUAUUGAUGUUGGAGAAGUUGUCUAUCAUACUUCUCAGCCAUGGCCUGUUGGCCCAAGUAGCCUACCAUGUCAGUUGAUGGUCGGGUUCUUUGCAUAUGCGAAAUCUCUUGAUAUAAAUGUGGAUAAGGAAGAACUAGAAGAUGCUCAGUGGCACAGUAGAAAAGAUGUGAGGAAGGCAUUAACAUUUUCUGAAUACAAGAAGGCACAAAGAACAGCAGCGGCUAAAGUAGAUCAGAUGUGCAAAGGUGUGAAAAAGCGACAGCAAGAGAGUUCAGCAGCAGAUAAACGUGCAAAAAACGGGGAACCUGCUCCCAUGUUUGUUCCAGGGCCAUUUGCAAUUGCCCAUCAUCUCAUCUCAGCUUGGGUUAAUAAAGAUCCACAAACUGGUGUCGAAGUUCAAUCGAAACUGCGUGGUGGUUUCAUUUCAAAACUAUAGCAUUCUCAUUCUCUUCCGAAGGCUGCAGAAGAUCCCUUGUGCUUGUUUCAGUUGUCCUUGUAUCCUUUCCAAUAAGAAUCACUUGAAAUUCUGCCACUUGUAUUAGAAAGCAGUUCCGGAAAUUCCAAUGUGAAGUAUGACCAUUUUCAUUUGUGUAAUUUAUAUUCAUAAUAAAUGUUUGAUAUUAGAGCAUUUUAUCUUAAACUCUC